AUGAGCGGCAUCUCCAAAAGGAAUUUCAAAGUCUUUCGAGAGCUUUGCGGAGACACUGCACUCAAGAACGCAAGGAUCGUAACAAAUAUGUGGGGAACCGUAGAACAAGGUCUGGGAGAACGUCGGGAGCACCAAUUGACUACGAAUGCAAAUCUUUUUGGGUCCGCAAUUGAUGCAGGGGCGAGUGUGAUUCGCCACGACAAGACUUCAGAUUCGGCUAAGAACAUUUUACAAAGCAUUUUGGCGAAUCAUCCCCUACCACUUCGUAUUCAAGUCGACAUGGUUGAUCAACGUCUUGAGCUGGGAGAUACGAAUGCAGGCAAGAUACUCUAUGAGGAUCACGCUAAGGUCAUAGAAGACCACAAGAAGGAGGUUGAAAAGAUUAGACAAGAGAUGGAGACGGCGAACGAGACUACAAGGAAGGAGCUAAACGCGGAACUUCACGAUCGCAAUGCUAGGAUCAAGGCGGCAUCAGACAACAUGAAUGCACUGAGAUACAACUGGGAGGCGGAGAGAGUUGGGCUUCAGCAAAAAAUCCAUCAGUUAGAACGUGAUGACCGAGAUAUACUCUCUACGAUUCGAAAGCUCGCCGACUUUAUCUCUAUUGUCAUACGAGGUCUAGCUCGCUAA